ACAAAGAGAAGCUGUUUUUAUGAAACCCCCCUUCAUUCUCCUGGAGAUGUUGAGAAGAAGAGCAGCACGGUCAUCUGGACCAGAGCCUGAAUCUCUUGACUGCCCCCCUGAUACUCCUGACAACAGAGAGAUGAGAGACUCCCCCACAGCCCCACUGACUGACAGAACAGACCAGGAGGUGGAGGAUCACACAGCCAACAUGUAACUAUGGAGAUAUCAGGAUAUAUGUUUGGGGUGGACCAGAUGGAUUAAGCUGAUUGAAAGCCAGUUUGCCUUGAUUUUCCCUGUCUGAUUGUUCAGUGCAUCACUGUUAAUAUCCCUGUCAAUGUUUUGAUUAUGACAGGGAUAGUGAGGAUGUUGUGAUGAUGAUGAUAAUGUUGUUGUUGUUAUCAUCGUUGAUUGUUGAUUGUGACAUGAUCCUCCUAUAGGUCUCCAACAGAUCAAAUGGCUGACGUGCACCAAUCCAGGAGUCAGAAAUGGAAAGUGGUUUUGAUCAUCCUGUGUCUGUCUGUCACAGUAUCUGUCACACUGUCUUCCCCAUUGGUGACUUUCAGGACCAACUCUACUCAAGCUCACUCCCUUCCUCCACCUGUUCUCUCUACCUGCCCUCUUCACACAGCCAAUGAGACUAUAACACCAGUUAAGGGUUCAACUCAUCUAAUGGUGUCUGCAUACCAGGACCACAGGGAAGGGGGAGCCACGCGCAUCAUUGCCAUGGUCAACAGAGACCGACCCAUGUCUCUGUACUGUGUGUUGUGCUGCUCAGGACACGCCCCCCAGGUCGCUCCAGCUGCUGUCGUAACGCACAGCGUCCACUAUGGUUACCCGUAUGUGGCCGCAGACAUGCUUUGCCUCGAAGAACCAGGAUGCCACGCCACGCACGUCACUCUCGGCACAUCCCUCGACAUCCAGGACACCCUCAACCGGACAUUUCUGAGCAUCCAGAACCGGGAGAGACGGGAGGAGGACUUCCCCUUUUACCUCACCGUGUGCAUGUCCAACAGUUUGUCCAGACCAUGGAGUUUUACAAGCUCCUGGGGGUGCGGAGGGUUGUCCUCUACCUCACCAGCUGUGGACCUGAUCUGGAAAAGGUCCUCCAGUACUACGCAGAGGAGGGCACUCUGGAGGUGAUUGGCUGGCCCAUCAACCACUUCCUCAAGCCCUCUACUGGGUGGGAGCUGGAAGGGGAUAUCCCCCUCAACAGCCAGCUGACCAUCAUGAACGAGUGCAUCUACAUGAACAUGUACAGGUCACGGUACGUCCUCCUGGCUGACGUUGAUCAGCUCCUGGUCCCGGCCUCACACAGCUCUCUUCUGCCCCUCAUGGAGGACCUGCAGGGGCAGCACCCCGACACAGCCGUGUUUCUGAUGGAGACGCACAGCCGGUACUGCAACGCAAGACCAUUCCGCACGGAGGAGGAGCUUGUUCUUGAAGAGGACUUCCGCUCCUACAAGAUGGGGUUCAACCCCCGUCUGGUGCUGCAGACGGCCAUGUUUGAGGUGACACAGAGCUAUGGGUACUCUGUCAGGGUUCCGUCCGACGUGUAAGAUAAUGCAGGUGAAAGAGGCUCAGAGCGAAAGCUGGACCAAUGAAUUUGGAGAUUAUCUUGUGCCCUCUGUCGAUGAAGUUUUACAGAAAUUAGGAAUUCAGACAUCUCCUUGGGAGCGUGUAGUACUGUAGUUGGUUAAAACUUUUCCAACGUUUUGCAUUUGAUAGAGAUGAGAGAAACAGUGAACUGUUACUUGCCUCUGAUCUUCAGUCUAUGUUGUUCCACUCAACCCUGAACUUUUCUUAUUGUUUGGAUGUGUGGUCAUUUUUCCUGGGGGAAUUGGACUUAAUGAAUUAUGCCUAUAAUUGUUACUGCUUGUUCUAAACUUUCUUACAGUUUUUAAUGCUGACUUUAAUGUAAAAGCUCUUGUAAGAUUUAUUAGCAUGACAAAUAAACACAACUUUUUUUAAAAUCAAGAUGCCAUGUUCAUCUACCGUUGUGCUCUAACACAUCGGCACCCUUCCACUUUACAAUGGAGUACAAUAGAGCAGAAUUUUGUGGUUUCUAUUUUCAAAACUGGUUGAAUGUCUAUUUUGACCCUGUAGGCACCUGCAACUUAUCACCUCUAGUCCAGGCCAUUUGUGUGAAAAAUCUAAAUUUCAGUUUAUAAUUAUUUUCUUGGUCCUGUGCAGUUAUAAAUCAAACAUAAACACAUGUGAACACCAAAUGUUUUUUCACUUUCAACUUAUUUUUUUGAAGAAAUAGUGAAUCUUGUAUGUGUGCCAAUAUAUUAGAGCACAACUGUAUAGAUGAUAAUCAAGGAAGAGCAUCUAUAUCCCUCUAAACAAUAUUGGCUGUGUGAAAGUUGACCGACUAGGAUUUCUAUGUAAACUGUCAUUAUAUCCUUCUUUAAUUACACAUUAGACAGUAUUUUAAUAAAGAAAUC